AUGACAAGCAAUGAUUUGAUUGGUAAAAUUCAAAUGGCUUAUAAUAUUUUCGAGCAAGUUAAGCCACGCGCACCAUCUCCAGUCAAUUAUGCUAAUUAUAAACCAUACAAGAAAAGAAAACGUAAUGUUUCUCCUAAUAAGAAGGAAAUACGGCUUCGAAGCUCAGCAACACAAACUCUUCCUCGUGGUCAGAUAGUAAAAGCACAAGAAUUACUUUAUUUGCACAAAAUUUUCUAUAAAGGCUAUGGUAAAAUACAUUUCAGAGCAAAAACAGUCGAAAAUGAAACGAAUAAGCGAAAGGAAAUCGUUCCCAAUAAAUACGAACUAUUUGAAGCACAACAUAAAUACAGUUUAAUUAGAAGACGUUAUAUUUUACAUCAUUGGCUUUCAUAUUGGUAUUAUAAAUCACAGAAGCGCAAAGGAGCGAGAGAACAACAAGCCAUACUUGAAAUGGAAAAGAAGCGACAGCUUUUGGAUUACUCUACACCCGAAGCAGUUGUUGAUGAAAAAAGAGAUCAAAUUAAACAAGAUGAACAGUCAAUUCUCGUUAAAGAAGAGUUACCUCAAGAUGUUCAUCUUGAACUUUCAAUGCCAAUCGCCCAAAAAACAAGGAAUCUUAAAACUCCUUCUGAAAUUAUUUUUGAUUCGAAACUUCUUGAUGGUACAAGGUUUUUUGAUAAAGAAAAAACGCCACCAAGGAGUCCAAAAUCCAAUACAGAAGCACAAGCAACUCCAAAGAGUACAAAAAGCAGCAAAAAAGAAAAAGAAAUUGUUGAGCCAGAAAAAGUUUCAAAUUCAAGCUCAACUGAAUACUAUUCCGAAGAUUUAUACUCUUCUAAUCCACAAUUCAGCGAUAGCGAGAAUGAUCUUAUUGACGAAGCAAAUAAUAUAAUGUCAAAACUCACAAAUCAAAAAUCCGGCAAGAUAUCCCAGAUCAAACCAUCAUCCAGUACAUUAAGAGAGCCAAAAUUAUCGAAAGGAAGACCUGCAUCUAUAGAUACAACUCCAAUUUCUCCAACAAAAACAAAUUCACCAUUUAUUUCACCAAGAACACCAAAUCUUGCUAACACAGAUAAUCUAUAUAUUCCAAAGACACCAGAACAAGAAAAGAAGAGCCCGAGUCCUAAGAAUACAAAACCUCAAAUCAUUUUCCCAGAAAAAUCACAACAAAAAGAUAAUAAUUCGCCAACAGAUGAUGCAUAUCUUAAUCAUACUCGUUCCUUACUUGAUAGGUACGAAAAGGAUGAUGAAAUGAACGAAAUUUCCAAUCAAAAUAAGAAACCAGGCAAUUUCAGUGACAUCUACAAUGAUAGCAACAAUGAUACAACUGAAAUGUUCUUAGACAAAGGUCACAAAUCUCCACAAUACACAGGAAGCAGCUAUUCAUCAAGAAUUGAUUCAAUUCUAAGGUAUGGAAAAGAAAAUAGUCCGGCAAAGUCACCAAAACAGAUCAAACUUGAGUCAUCAACAAUAUUUGAUACAGCAUCAGCAUCUACACCAUCAGAUCCACAAACAAAUCAAAAGUUUAAUAACGACAGACAAAAAAUUUCUAUUAGCAUGCAAAAAGGAAACAAAUUACUGGAAGAAGCUGAUAAAUUACUUUCUGAAGAAGAAGAAAUCAACAGUGAAAUAUUUGAUGUACCACAAGAUAGAGUUGUUAUUCCAGAACACGAAAUGAUCAAAGAUAAAGUUAGUCAGAUGAAUAAAAUACAUCAGAAAACAGAGAAAAUAACAACACAUAAUGAAACAAUAGUUACUCAAAAUAUGAAGAAAAUUUUGAAGAGUUCUAAAUCAGAUUUCAAUAAUAAAACAACUGAAUUAGUUUUGUCUUCUCAAUCAACCCAAAGUGAGAAAGUUUAUACAUUAGAUCCUGCAAGAAGAAAGAAACAGAAGACAGAACUCGAAGAACAACUCGAGAGAUUGAAGAAAUUAGGCGUUAAUGAUUCUGAUGAUUCCGAUUAUGAUGCGAGCUCAUCUAGAAAAAUUCCGAAAUGCGUUGUUUCUUAUAAAGAUGCUGUUGAAAUUGGAGAUGGAAUUCCAGAGAAGAACGUUAAAAAAGUUGUUUAUACAGCAAUUGUUUCGAGUUCUUCAGAUGCUGAUAUGGUUUUCUUAGAAUUAGAUCACGAUGAAAAUUCAAGUGGUCAAACAGUUCAAGAGAAAGUUGAAGCACUUGAAUCUCCACAAAAACCAACACUAUUUUAA